GCCCAGUCGCAGGCUGAAGGGAGGCCGCCCACACGCAGCACUGGCAUAUAGGCAAGCAGGGCGAGUGGGCAGGAUCUUUGGCCAAUGCGGGCAUUGCCGGCACGCUGCGCGAAUGCGAGCUGCUGCGCUGCUUUGCUGCGCUAGGCGGAGGAUAGGUGUUGACAGCCGAACUUUGUCGGAUGCGUUGGAGAAAGGUGUCGAGGCGAUCGGGUUUUCUCUGGGAAAUGUACGGUUGCUUGUCCCAGUGGGGCUGAUGCUUCUUGGUUGCUUCUCCCAGUCGGAAACGGCGGAGAAAGGACUUCACCUGCAGACAGUGCCUCUGAUGUUGGGGUUCUUCGCAUAUAAGGGAGCUGUGCUGAUUCAGACGCUGCAAGACAACAAGGAUUUGCUCUUGGAAUGGGGUGACGACGAAGACUCCGAUGAUCAGAAGAUUGUUUAAAAAAUUGUUUAACUCAAAAGAUCCCAGAACAAAUGUUCAUAUUAUUU